AUGAAUGAAUCGAGCCUUGCCAGACAUGGCUUCCCCGUGUUGGCCUAUCUUACUUCAGAGCCACUCUUACUGCUGUUCACGCUGCGUAUCCAACACUAUGACGCGCGCAAGCAGGUGACGCUGAUGCUAAGGACUCCCGCCGCGUACGUGCACGGCGCUAAUAACAAAACGGCGUUUGUCGCACAGUAUAAUGCCGACAAUCUGCUGCUGGGAACCAGAACUAAUGCUGCAACUGUCUACCUUCCCCAAGUACGUCGCGAUGGAGUUGCACGCAAUGCCAAGGACUGCGAGUGGACGACGCUCACAUUGUGCUUGGACAAGCCGUGUCCGCUCUGGUGCCCCUUUUUAAAAGCAUUAACGCCUGCUCCCUCUGAACACCGCCCCGCACCGACGUCUUGUCUCGCCACCGAGUCGCGCUCCUUGCCUCCGCGCUGCAGACUCCCAAACUGCACCGACCGCCCGACCACCACGACCACUGCAGACUCUCCAUCUCGAUCCCGUCUACGCCCCCUCGUUACGUUCCGAACGUUACCCCGAGCGCCCAGCUCACCUGCGAACAAGGUCGCGCUCUUCUACUUUGAGCUGAGCAGCCCUUUGAGAGGCAGGACGGCAGGUACGGCGCGAGUGGGCGUGUGCUCUGCGCGAUCCGACGUGGCGAGCGAGCGUUUGGAGCUCUGUCCGGGAUGCUGGCUGGCUCGCUCCGCUUCUUCGUGA